AUAUGUUAUUGGAAAGAAGAAUUUGACAAAUGGUAAUAAUUUGGAUGUUUCCUAUGUUCCUAAUCUAACCUUGUAAUCAUUUAAAUAAGUAUAAUAAAUAAUCUUUACUAAGAAUGGCCAGUCGUACAUCAGCGGUAUUAGAUGUAAUAGUCGAAAAUAAAGAAAUAACAUCAGUGAUAAAAGAUAGAGAAACUGAUCCGCUUAGUAUUUGUAGUGGUGAUUCUACAUACGAUAAUUCUUUGGUACAAUCUCCAAGUAUAGAGAGUUUUUCAACUAUACAUGAUAUAGAAAACCUCUCUGAACUAAAUAUGGAUGAAAAUUCGGAUUUGUGUGUAAAAAUUGACAAUCCACAAAAACAUUUGGAUACAUUAGAAACCUAUAUUAUAUUUAGAAUUACAACUAAAGUGGCUAGAAUAGAAUUUUCUGAAAAUGAGUAUAUUGUACAUAGAAGGUACAAUGAUUUUUUAUGGUUACGACAGAAAUUAAUCGAGUGCCAUCCAUUUUGUAUAAUACCACCUCUACCGGGAAAACAUUCACUUAUAGGCCAGUUAGAUAGAUAUUCCAAAGACUUUAUAUUAUUAAGAAUGAAAGCUUUAAACGUGUUCAUAACAAGAGUUUCAAAACACCCUAUUUUAAGCUGUAACGAACAUUUUAAAAUAUUUUUAACUGCUGCAUCUUCAGAUUUUACGUUACAUAGAAGACAGAGACAUCCGGUACAACAAAAAAUAAAAACAUUUAAUCAUGAUAAUUCCUCCCAUAGUGUUUUAAAAAACAAACAUAUCGAAUUUGAUAAAACCAAAGCUUAUUUAGCGACACUUUCUGAAAAACUGUCGUCGAUUGAAAAGAUUUCUAGUCGUAUUAAUAAAGAAAGAUAUGAUUAUGUUUCCGAAUUGAAUAGUUAUCAUCCAAUAUUUACAACUUGGGCAACAUCUGAACCAGAAUUAUCAGAAAUAUUACAAAAUAUUGGUAGCGCUUUGGAAAGGAGUUCUGCAGCUCAAAAUGCUUUAGUACAAAGUUAUUGUAAUACAAUAGGCAAUCCCAUUAAAGACUUCUUGACUUAUAUUGACGUUGCUCAAGAAACUUUGAGAAAAAGGGAAUCUUAUCAAUAUGCAUAUGAGGUUUCCAUGGAUGAGUUGAAUAAAAGACAUUCAGAAAAAGACAAGUUGAUUGCAAACGUUCAUAAUCCGUCCCAAGGUUCAACGGUAUUCUCCAUUUGGAAGCAAUCGAGUGAUGAUAAGUUGGAGAAAUUGGGCUCUUACAUUCCCCAACUGAUAAAGAAAGUAGAAUUGAACCAAGAUAAUUUGGAAUGUGCCAAUGAAUCUUUGAGAAGUGAUAUACAAAGAUGGCAGAACGAAAAGCAGCAAUGUUUGAAAAACAUAUUAUUAGACUUUGUUAAUAAACAAAUUAAUUAUUAUCAAGCAACCGUUAACUCUUGGGAAUAUGUAACAAGGGAAAUUAACAAACAGAGUGCAUCUAUGAGGGGUAACUUGAAAUAAUAAUAAUAAUAAUAAUAUUUAGCUUCGAUAGUUCACUCUUUUAAUACAAUAGGCUAAUUAUGAUUGUUUUUGUUUUUAUUAAGCAUAAAGUUUGGAUUAUAGCAACUUUGUUAAUGUAAUAUUUGUCUUUUAAUCGUUGGAAAUACACUUACAUUGAAAUAUUUCAUAAUUAUUUGCUACAAAGGGAAAGAAAUUUUUUAUCGAUUUUUCAGAAUUAGUGAAUAGUUUGUUCUAUAAAAUCAUUUCUGUAUAUUAAAAGACCCUAUUUUCAAUAUUUUAGACCUACUUGGUCAAAUGAGAUCCCAAUUUCAUUGAAUUCAAUUUUUAUUAAAUAAAAAAA